CUCUUCCUUCCGCCAUGCGCGAAAGCAAGCGCGCGCGCACGGCGCCUUUCCCCCAGCGCCCGCGGAGCAUGAGGCGUGCUGCCACGGGACGGGCGGGAAGCGCGCCGAUCCCUCCGGACGCCACGAUCGGAAGCACAAGCGCGCCUGUGGCCGAUGCGGAAGAGCCGCUUCCGCCAACAGUGGUUUCCGCCCUGGCGGAACCGACCAACCCUGGGCGCGAACCAGGCGCAAAUCACCUACCGGCCGAUCAAAGCGGAGAAGGGCACUGCUUGAGUUCAGGCGCGAAUCACGGUGAGGAGCACGGCGAGGACGGCUCGCCCAUGUCUCUUCUAUCCGACGAUUCGCUCUCCCUUGCGCUCUCCCGCUUGCCCACGCGUUUCGCGCUCACUUCCCUGGCUUUCGUCUGCCGCCGCUGGCGCAGACUGGCUCUCCGCCACUGCGUGCGCGAGCUCCGCCCCUCCCCGCUCACUCUCCGCGCCACUGGCUGCUUCGCUUCCGCCGACGCCCUUGCGGAUCUCGUGCGGCGAUUCUCCGACUCUCUGCGCGCCAUUGAGCUCCGCCCGCCUGAGACUUCCGCUAGGGGCUGCCGGAGAGGCGGAGGGGGGCGGGGGAAGGGAAAGGCCGCGGCGGAGGGGGAUGGCGCGAAGCCGAUAACCGUCGGGGAGAUACUGCGACGCGCGCCGAUGCUGGAGGAGGUGACUAUAACGAGUUGUUUUUCCGGGUCGGAAGGAGACGGCAACAUUAUCCCUACCGUCGCUGACAAUUCGACCCUGUCCGUUAUAAUCAGCAGCGCCGCCAGCACCAACACCACGGCCUCGGGCCCAGCCGCCGCCACAGGAAGGGGCAGCAACAGCGGCAGCAGCAGCGGGGCUAGUGCGAGAAACAGCAGCGCUGGGAGCGGUAGCAGCAGGAGCAGCGGCAGAGGCAACGGGGGUUCGGGGUUUAGGCACGAGGUGCUGAAGUUGGGCGUGCCGAUGCGGCCGUUGGAGUUCGUGCGAGGCGCGCUGCCGCAUCUGCCCCGCUCGCUCCAAACCCUAAACCUCCACGCCAACCACUUCCUCUCCGCGGGCGCCUGCCUCCCAGGCAGCGAGGGCGGGGAGGGCGGACAGGGGGAGGACGCCUGGGGAGAACGAAAUGCGGAAGCUGCAGGGUGGAGGGGGGAGGGAAGCGGGAGCGGGAGCGGGAGCGGGGAGGAGGAGGAGGAGCAAGGAGAGGCGGGAGAAGGAGCGAGUGGUGAUGACUCUGAAAGCAGGUUGCCGUUGCCCCACCAUGCCACUCCACACGAUUCCUUCCUCUAUGCUCUCACCUCCUCGCUCCCCUCGCUCCGCUCUCUCGACCUUGACACUCCCUCGUCCCUCUCCCCCUCUGCCGUCCUGCACCUGCCCCUCUCCCUGCCUCGCCUCACGGCCCUCUCCCUCUGCUCCAACGCCAUCACAUGGCCCACUGUCUUCUCCCUGCUCUCCCUUGCACCCUCCCUCCGCUGCCUCUCCCUAGUUUCCUCUGCCCUCACCUCCACCGCUGCUCGCCCUCGCAGACCCCCCUUCCCCUCAUUCACCGCCCCAGGUCCUUCAUCCCUUGAAUCCUUUCCUUUCUCGCCAUCCGCUCUUCCUAUGGGUGCCACUACCAGCCGCAUCCCCACCGCUGCCGCACCCAGCAGUUUUCCUUCCGCCCUGCUGUCCUCCCUCCCCCUUCUCGCCUCCCUGCGCCUCUACACGUCCCCCCAUCGCUCCGUGCAGUGGGAUCUGCCCCCGGCACACUCCCUGCUGCACGCCCUCCUCGCACUCCCCCCUGCUGCUGCUGCCGCCACACGCACCUCCAUACCUCCCACCCCUCCCACUGACGCUGCGACCACCACCACCACCACAGCGGCAGCAGCAAAGCCCUCUGUCGCAGAGAUUAGCCUCCCCGCUGCCUCCGCUGCUGGCACAGCCGCCAUUAGCAGUACCGCCCUCGGAGCACAGCUGCCCGUGCUUGCAGCAGCCGGCACAAGGCCCGCAGCGACAUGUGGUAGCAUGGGUGGGUCAGGGCCCAUGCCACGCAUAGGGUUUGGUGCAGGUGCUGCUGGUGUGGGUGCUGCUGCCACAGGCAGGCCUUGGGGUGUUGGGUCCAUAGGGUCAGUGGGUGCGUCCCCCCUGCGCUCCCUGCAUGCGCAGCACACCUUCAGUGCCUCGUGGCAGACCAUAGGCGUGUGCUGCCAUGGGCUCACAGAGCUCGACCUCUCCUUCCCGCCACGCCCCUUCGCCCCCUCCUCAUGGGGGGGCGCAGCAGCAGAGGGCCUCACAGGAAUAGAGGAGAUCGUGCUGUGCGGGACUCUCUCCAUGCUGCCGCGCCUUGAGCGCCUCGCGCUGCCAUCCGCCAAUGACCAGGUGCUCAGACACGUCGCUCGCUGCUGCCCCCGCCUCUCCUGUCUCCUCGCCCAGCCACACAUCCUCGCCACCUCCCCCGAUUCGCACCUCCCCCGCUGCCCCCCCCUGCCCCAUGUGACGGAUGAUGGGAUACGAGCGCUCGCACAUGGGUGCACGCGGUUGGUUCACCUGAGCAUGGCGGGGUGUGUGCGAGUGGGGUCUGCGGUGCGGCAGUUGGCGUAUCACUGCCAGCAGCUGCGGGUGCUGAGGCUGGAGGGGAGUGGUGUGGAUGACAAGGCUGUGACGGGGGCGCUCUUUGGUGGGGCUUGGAAGUGGCCCGCUGGGAAUUCCACGUCUGCUGCUGCUGCUGGUUCUGGUGGCCGCGGCACUGGUGGUGUGGUGCAGCUGCUGCUUCCGAAGCUUAUGCUGCUGGACCUGUGGGGCUGUGCUGCUGUCACCUCUGAAUUGCUGUUUGCCAUUCUGCACGCCGCAAAGGAGCUAGCAGCAACUGCAGCCGCGACAAGAGGAGACGGAGGAGCAGAUAAGCCAGUUAUUGAAGUGGAAGCAGGAAGCACAGAAAUGAGGAGGCAUGCACAAAAGCAUGCAAAACAUGGAGGGCAAAACAUGCAGGAGGAGAAGGGUGAAGAGGUGGUGGAGCGUAGGCUCAACGGGCAGCAGCUGCAACUGCGGCGCCUUAUGCUGUCUCCAGUUGUUCUCAAGGGGCCCAAAGGGAAUGGCAAAGAGGGGGCAAAAAACAAGGGAAAGGCCAUAGUAGAUGUUGAAGGGGUAGAUGUUACUGCAGUGUUGCAAGGCUUGAAAGAAGAGCUGCCAUCGCUUUUGAUAACUAGUGGAAGAACUGCGAAGGAGUUGCUACCAUGGGAUGGGUUCAUUCAUUGGAGGCAACCCUGGGACGACUAGUACUCAAUCUUUUUGGAAGGAAAGAA